GCUCCUUUAAAGCGGCCACAUGCGGCCGGGCGGCCGCCACAAUCACGGCUGGCGGCGGCGGAGCGGGGCCGGCUCCCGGCGGGCCCGGGCAAUCAGUGCGGAGCCUGCCCGCUCUGUCCUUCCCCCCCCCCCUCCCCGCCCGCCGCCCCGGCUGGGGGAGCGGGGGGCUAACGCCGGGCGAAGAUGGCUGGGGCCAUCAUCGAGAACAUGAGCACCAAAAAGCUGUGCAUUGUCGGGGGGAUCUUGCUGGUUUUCCAAGUCAUCGCCUUUCUGGUGGGAGGUCUGAUCGCUCCCAGCCCCACUACAGCUGUUCCUUACACAUCAGUGAAGUGCAUUGACAUAAGAAAAAACCACCACAAAACCAAGUGGCUGAUGCCCUGGGGACCCAACCACUGCGAGAAGCUCAAAGACUUCGACGAGGCGGUGAGCAGGCAGAUCGAAGCCAACGAUAUCGUGUUUGCCGUGCAUAUUCCCCUCCCCAGCAAGGAGAUGAGCCCCUGGUUCCAGUUCAUGCUUUUCAUCAUGCAGCUGGACAUCGCGUUCAAGAUGGACAACGACCUAAAAGAAAACGCAGAAAUUACCCUGGAUGUGUCAUUAGCGUAUCGCGAUGACAUGUUUGAUGAUUGGGAAGAAAUAGCACAUGCAAUAGAGAUCAGGAAGCUGAAAUGCACCUUUGGCUCACCAAAAACCCUGGAAUCUGAAGGCCGUCACUAUGACUGUGACUUUCUUCCCUUCAUGGAGAUUGGCAGCGUGGCCCACAAAUACUACCUCAUCAACAUCCGCCUCCCUGUGAACGAGAGGAAGGGCAUUAAUGUGGGCAUUGGGGAAAUCAAGGAUAUCCGCCUCGUGGGCAUCCAUCAGAACGGAGGCUUUACAAAAGUGUGGUUUGCCAUGAAGACCUUCCUCACCCCCAGCAUUUUAAUUAUCAUGGUCUGGUACUGGAGACGGAUCACGCUGAUGACACGCGCUCCUGUCCUGCUGGAGAAGGUCAUCUUUGCUCUGGGAAUUUCCAUGACGUUCAUUAACAUCCCUGUGGAGUGGUUUUCCAUCGGAUUUGACUGGACUUGGAUGUUGCUCUUUGGAGACAUUCGACAAGGCAUUUUCUAUGCUAUGCUCCUGUCGUUCUGGAUCAUCUUCUGCGGAGAGCAUAUGAUGGUGGGUACAGCGCAGAAGGGAAUGUGGUUUCCAGCCCCACUUGCAGAGGACCAGAACGAGCGGAAUCGUCUCUCGGGGUACUGGAAGCAGGUUGGACCCAUAGCUGUUGGCUCCUUCUGCCUCUUCAUCUUUGACAUGUGUGAGAGGGGAGUGCAGCUGAAGAACCCCUUCUACAGCAUCUGGACCACCGAAGUUGGCACAGAGCUGGCCAUGGCCUUUAUUAUAGUCGCGGGAAUCUGCUUGUGUCUGUAUUUUCUCUUCCUGUGUUUUAUGGUCUUCCAAGUGUUCAGAAACAUCAGUGGAAAGCAGUCAAGCCUCCCAGCCAUGAGCAAGGCUCGCCGCCUUCAUUAUGAGGGGCUGAUUUUUAGGUUCAAGUUCCUGAUGCUCAUUACCCUGGCUUGCGCAGCGAUGACUGUCAUCUUCUUCAUCGUGAGCCAGGUGACCGAAGGCCACUGGAAGUGGGGGGACAUAACGAUACAAGUGAACAGCGCCUUCUUCACCGGCAUCUACGGGAUGUGGAACCUCUACGUCUUCGCUCUGAUGUUCCUGUACGCGCCAUCGCACAAGAAUUACGGUGAAGACCAGUCGAACGGUGACCUGGGAGUAAACAGCGGGGAAGAGCUCCAGCUCACCACCACCAUCACCCACGUGGAUGGCCCGACGGAGGUGUAUAAGCUGGCUCGCAAGGAGGCUCAGGAGUAACGCUGGGACGGGCUCAGCUGGGACCCAGACCGGGGUGGAGAGCAGAGGACAGCACAAACCCUCCGGGACGAGACCUCUCUGACCUAACUUGCUUCUCGAGCACCCCGUACCUAGUGUAUUUUCACAGAGCAGUGGCACCGAGCAGAACAUUUGUAAACUCUUUAAUAUGGUGUAGUUAUUUCUGGGGGGAGGGAUAAUGUAUAUUGUGUUACACUCAAGCACGUAAAAACCUGCUAGAAAAGCAUUAAGGUUGCAAAGUCGCACGUUCGGAGGUGGGGAAGGGGCAGAGCUGACAUGGGGCAGUUUUUAUUUGCCUACCAUGUGCCUGUGCAUAAAGGUGGUGCAGGGAGCUCAGUCAGCGAGCACCUAUUCAGUACUUCAAGUUUUCUCCUCAUGUGCAACUUCAAACAAGGUGUUGGUUGGGGGGGACACUAAAGCCUCAUUUUAAAAACAUUUAAUUCCACCAUCAGAAUUGUAUUGAACCUUGUCUGAGGUCUUUAGUACAGCCCUGCGGCAGCUCCACAGCAAACCUCUGUCACUUGAAUGCGACACGGCUGGGGAAGGGAGUACACUGUUUGGAAUACGUAAGAGUUUAGUAGAAGCAGCACCAUGCUUUCUCAGUAGGUUUUCCAGCUGUUUGUUAAAUAUAGGGGAAUGUAAAAACUGGAUUCCUGAGCUGAGCUGCAGGAGAAAGGAAAGCUCCUGUUCCCAGAGGUACCAGUCCUGCAGCCGGCUCCUGCCUAUUCUCAGCCCCUUUGGCUUCCCUUGCUUUUGUUGUCCUCCUCCAUCUUACUUUUCCGUUACGGCUCUUUCAUUUUUGUGCUGCUUACGUGCCAUGGGGAGAAGAGAAAGGCCACGGGAGGGCCGGUGCAUCCUUGGUUCCCAUGCCUGCGAGCUGGGCGAGGGAUGCCGGGCAAUCCCGCUCCUCCUCGUGCUGCUGGGACGGAGCACGCUUGGCAGAGCUGGAUUCUUCCAGGGAUUAUCGGGCUUGAAAAAAUCCACUUGUCACGCACUAAUGUGGGUAUUUGCUUUUCAGAGUUAAGGCAGACGCUGAGGUCGCUCAGCCCCAUGCUGAGCCGGGUGGCUCUGGCUGUGAGACUGUUGGCACUGCAAGGGGAGUGGGGACUGAUUUGGGGUGGAGGCUUAAACUGGGCCGUGCUGGGGACCGGUUAAGAGAAGCGUGCAGGAGGAAGCAUGGCCGGAAGGGUCUGUGCUGCCCAGGGCACACCUUCCAGGGCCUGGAGGAUCCAGUGGUCCUCGUUAGCUGGCAGUAGUAAAUGUCUGUGUAACUGCCAGUAACAUGGAACUCAACCUCCCAGUUUAGUCCCUAAAAGAUAAGGGACUGUCUGUCGCUGAAGGGUCAGAGAUUAGGGAGGGGGGAAGCUUCCAACGCUGCUGAUGGCCAGUCAUCGCGGGUACUGGUAGAAACGCUGUCCUGCAAAGGGCGGUGCGUUGUCCUUGGAUUCUUAAAACUUCUGAAAUUACACAUCAAUUGUUAGAGUAUUAAGGCUGCAAAAUGAAAGUAGAAUUGGGAAAUAUCAGAAGUGAGAUCACCCACAAAACCUUAAUCCAUCUCCAGCCAACACGUGCAUUGCGACAUGCGAUUGCAGGCCGUUGCCUGCUGGCUUUACGGUCAUGUUCUGGUUGGGGUGGGAGUUCGGGGCUCUGGGCAGGAGGCUGUGACGCCUGGGCUCUGGUUUGCACCAGGAGGUGCUGGUUCAUCACGGUUCCCAGCCCAGCAAACAGCUCGGACUUGGCGAUGCCCGUCCGUGGCUGUAUUUGCACGGGGCCGCAGCUGAGUUCAGCUCUAACCAUCCCCGUCACCGUUUCAAGCCUGUUGGUAACCAAAUACAGCACCGACGUUCCUUGCCUUUUGCUUUCCCCUUCCCCAUGUUUCUUGAGACAAGUCAAUACUUCAGCUGGGGUGGGGCGUUCAAAUAAUUCCUCCUUAUUUUCCCAAGCCAGCAGGGACUGGGGCCAGAAGGCAAGUGCCCCUCGGCUGCACGCCCCGUCUCCUCAGCAGCCUUUCCCCCGCAGGGAUUUCACGGGGACCUGCCGCCCGUGCCGAAUGAAUCGCACCAGGAGGUGCUGGGCUGUUCGAUCCCAGUAAGAACGGCACUCUGUAAACGAGCAUUUAAAAUACCAUUUAUUAGAGCUCACUGUGAAGAAAGAGAGGAUAGCGUAGAUAAUCUUGCAUCCUUUUGGUUGCUGGGAACCCCAGGUUGUGCACCAUCGAACGGGUCUCUGAUCAGGGCGCAGCACGCCGGGCAGACCCCGUCUGCAGAAGGGCUGCUCCAUUUUUAAUUAGAGCUGCUAUAGGAUUUUCUUAGCGAUUCUGCUCAUUGUGGUGUUCGCCCCCACCAGCUCCCCCUGCCCCUGGCAGCCUCCCAGCCUGGAUGCAGCGUCCGAGCCGAGGAACGCUGAAUGCAUCGCGCCAGGUGAAGUCCCUCGUGUGCUGCUACGUCUGAGCGCGUGAAGUCGCUGGAGCACGGAAAGUGCUGAACAUUACUUAAGGAGGUAGCUGUGGGUGAUUUUGGAUACUUGAACGCUAAUAAUUUUUUAUAAGUUUGGGGGCGGUUUUUUUGUAAAAUGGGAUGACAGUGCUCCUGUGCUGAAAGAAAAUGUGGUUUAAAAGAAAAAAGAAAAAAAGGAGGGGGCACACUUACUGUAUGUGGAGUAAGUGCUGGGACCGCACCUUCAACACGGAUGGCAAAAUGUAACUUGGAAGCAAUUUACAUAAGGAAAAUAAGUGCUAGUAGGUCCGAGCAAUGCUCCUGCUUGCAGUGGUUGUUGAAUUACUAAGUGAAUUAAAUUAACACACAUCAUCGCAACUCCAGCAUGUUCCUCGCUGACUGCUCGACUUUGCAACUUUAACGUCCUUUUUACAUUGGGUUCUUACGUGAUAUUUAUGUUGUUCCGAUAGGUGUGUCCGUGGUUUCUUUUACAGCUUAGUAUAGCAUUGCAUUUGUAAAGGCUCCUUACAAACGAGGAAUCGCAGCUUUAAAACCAAAUUUUGUGUCAAACACUAACAAUUUGUUUACGGGGCGCGUGUAUGUGUGUGUGCGUGCGUGUGUGGUUUUUUUAUUUCUUAAUUCCUAAGCCCUACUCAUACGUCUCAGAAAUAGUCCCUGGAUCUUAUUAAAAUAUAUCCUUUUUUUUGUUUAGGUUGAAUUCAGUUUUUACAGAAUGCUUUAAGCAACCUGGAAAACGUGUAGUUUUGUUAAUUUAAAUAAAAUAUACAAUAUUGUGGA